AUGAUGAGUUCGACUUUCGACGAAAACACUUCCCGUACACUAUAUGUCGGAAAUUUGGAGAAUACAGUAACUGAAGAUUUAUUAUUAGCAUUAUUCACGCAAAUUGGCCCAUGUAAAGGAUGUAAGAUUAUUCAUGAGCCGGGAAAUGAUCCUUAUGCGUUUAUUGAAUUUAAUGAGCAUCAAAUAGCGGCUCAUGCUCUAUUAGCAAUGAAUAAACGGUUAUGUAUGGGAAAAGAAAUGAAAGUGAACUGGGCAACGACGUCUGGACAUCAAAGCAAAGUUGAUACAAGCAAACACUUUCAUAUAUUUGUUGGUGAUUUAGCGCCAGAAAUUGAUCAAAAUACCCUUCGAGAUGCCUUCAGUCCUUUUGGCGAUAUCUCAGAAAUCAAAAUUGCACGUUUUUCCGAUACUGGCAAACCGAAAGGAUACUGUUUUAUUGCAUUUACAAACAAAAACGAUGCUGAAACAGCUAUUGCAAGUAUGAACGGACAGUGGCUUGGUACCAGAAAAAUUCGAACAAACUGGGCAACAAGAAAAGCCCAAACGGGUCACGAUGGACAACGAUAUAGAGAAGCUCCAAAUCAAUCAUAUAACGAAUAUUCUCAAAAACUUGAUUAUAAUGAAGUGUGGCAAAGAACCGGUGAAGCAAAUAGUACUGUUUAUUUGGGAGGCAUUAGUGAUGUAAACGAGGAACUUGUACGUAAUAUUUUUCAUGUAUAUGGUCAAAUUCAAGAGAUUCGUGUAUUUAAAGAAAAAGGAUAUGCAUUUGUGAAAUUUUUUUCAAAAGAUUCAGCAUGUCAGGCCAUAUGUAAUGUACAUGGCAUGGAUGUUAAUGGUUAUGUGGCUAAAUGCGGUUGGGGACGUGAUGAUGGUUCGAUGGGUGGUCUCGGUGGAAACAACAGUCAGGAUUCAUCGCUAUCUGGAAUGAAUUCCCACAUGCAACAUAUGUCUCAAAAUCUCUAUCAAUCUCCAUCGAAUGAUUCAAUCAUGUCAACAAAUUCUCUCAAUCAGGGGCAAUAUGGCUAUACGCCUAAUUAUACACAACAGUAUAUGCAAAAUCAACAACAAUCUUGGAAUAUGCAGACGACACCAAAUAUGCAAUCAUCCACAUCUCUUUGGGAUGGUUUUUCAAACUCAAAUAACAGUGCAGCGCCGUGGAGGAUGUCUCAAUCGUCUUAUCCACAUCAACCAUCACAGUAUACAAAUCCAAAAUCAGCAGCCACAAAUUUAGGUAUAAUGAAAUAA